GUAGCGCCUCCGUCGAGCGUCCGUCUCGGGGAGCAGUCGCGCACGAGCCGUCAGCAGAGGCAGAGCCGCUCCUCGUGUCCACGUCUCUCGCAGACCGCGGAGAAGCGCGCGCCAUCCUCAGCGAAAGACCACCGAGCGAACCGAGCCGGAAAGAUGAUGACCACGAGGGUGCGGACGGCGCUGGCGGCCGCUAGGUGCUCGCCCAGCAUCCGAGCGUCCACGGCUGCGGCGCCGCGAGCGGAGCCGGACAGGCCGCUGGUGUCGAGCGCGCAGAUCCCGGGCCCGGUCUCGCAGCGGCUGUUCCGCGAGCUCAACUCCGUGCAGCAGGCCUCGUCGGUGCAGCUGUUCGCCGACUACGAGAAGUCCGCGGGCAACUACCUGGCCGACGUCGACGGCAACCUCCUGCUCGACGUCUACAUGCAGAUCUCGUCGAUGCCCCUCGGCUACAAUCAUCCCGCCAUGCUGCGCGCCCUCGCCGAUCCCCGCAACCAGGCAAUCAUGGCCAACCGGCCGGCGCUCGGAGUCUUCCCCAACAAGGACUGGCCCGACAAGCUGAAGGGAGUGCUGCUGCGCGACGGGGUGGCCCCGCCUGGUUUCUCGCACAUCACCACGAUGAUGUGCGGCUCGUGCUCCAACGAGAACGCCUUCAAGAACAUCUUCAUCUGGUACGCGGACGGGCAGCGUCACGGAGCUCCGUUCAGCGAGGACGAAAUCGCCAGUUGCAUGAUCAAUCGCGCGCCCGGCUCGCCUCGCUACUCCAUCAUGUCGUUCCAAGGAGCCUUCCACGGACGAACUCUGGGCUCGCUGUCCACCACCCACAGCAAGUACAUUCACAAGAUCGAUGUUCCGGCGUUCGAUUGGCCGAUAGCGCCGUUCCCGCGCUACAAGUAUCCGCUCGACGACAACGAGCGCGAAAACAAGCAAGAAGACGACCGAUGCUUAGCUCAGGUACAAAACUUGUUCGAGAUCUACGCGAAAGAGAAGAAAAUACCAGUUGCUGGAGUAAUUGUUGAGCCAAUCCAAGCCGAAGGUGGAGAUAAUCACGGGUCUCCCUACUUUUUCCAGAAACUUCAACAAAUUACCAUUAAGAAUGGCGGAGCUUUAUUGAUGGACGAAGUGCAAACGGGUGGAGGUCCAACAGGUAAAAUGUGGUGCCACGAGCAUUUCAAUCUGGAGACACCUCCUCACAUAGUAACCUUCAGCAAAAAAAUGCAAUUAGGAGGAUAUUAUCACUUAGAAGAGAUGAAGCCUAAACAAUCAUAUCGAGUAUUCAACACAUGGAUGGGGGAUCCUAGCAAAAUAAUACUCCUAGAAGCUAUUGUCGAUGUAAUACUCAAAGAAAAUUUACUGGAUAAAGUUACCAGAGUUGGAAAUUAUACUCUCAACGAGCUCGUUAAAAUGGAAAAUGAAUUUUCAAGCUCAAUCAAUUCAUCGCGUGGCCGAGGAACAUUCAUCGCCUUCGACUGUGCUUCAGCUCAAUUAAGAGACUCAGUAGUCAAGAAAUUACUGCAAAAAGGUAUUCAAGCCGGAGGCUGUGGAGAAAAAGCGGUUCGGCUACGACCCGCUUUAACAUUCUCAGAAGAUCACGCAAACAUAUUCUUGGACAGCCUGCGGUCUGUUCUCAAACAAUAAAUGUGAUAAAAACGCGAAGAACCUGCAAUAAAAUAACUAAACUCGAGUCUUCCAUUUACAAGCAUUUGGAUCAAUUGUGACAAUAGUCAAAAUGUAUCAAACAUUGCGGGUUUUUAUUUUUGUAAAGCAGAUUACCAACUAUAAGUUCGAUAGCCAAUUGACAAAAGCGAGUACAUCAUAAAUAAUGAGUACUCGACAGAAUUACUUGUUAACAUUUUUUCUUUAUUAGGAGUACCGUUGGUACGAAAAAAUUUAGAAUUCACAAGAUUAUUUAGUUUUUUUUGCUGGUUUACCAGAUUAUAUAUUUCUAUAAAUGUAUAAUGUACAUCACUUGCUAUUUUAGCCUUUUUUUAGAUUUGUUUAUAAGUAUAAAAGUUCCAAGUAGCAAAUACAUGAUUAUUCACAAAGAUUUUUCUUCUUCAAGCAUCAACGAUUACUUGAUCAUUUUUUGCAUACUUAAGAAAUACUGGUCCUUCAAGGAAGCUUUCAAUUGUUUUA